UCGCGUCUGCGUAUAACUUUCUUAAGAUUCACACGGAGGAAAGUGGAGGGGAUUAAUGGUAUCGCUGUUGGAAACCAACCUUUACGUUCCUAGGUAUUUUUUCAUAUUUACAACACGUUUGUUUAUUGUUUAACAAUGAUACAGUCCUCAGCGUUUUUAAGAUCAGCUUGUGUUUACGGGCGAUUGAUGCAACGGGUGUCUGUUAAAGUUGACACCACAAUCAGACAUUGCAGUAAAAUUACAUAUAAAAGAGAAAAGAAUCACUUGCAAGUAAACAAAUCUGUGAAAUAUCCUGAUUACAAAAUAAUCUAUUCUUUUCCCUAUGUACGGUACACCAGUUUUUUGAAUGUAUUAAAGCGUAAUCAAACUAUCGUAACUGGAGCGUUGAUACCAAUAUUUGCAGGUUUACAAUUGCUAAAUAUUGUUUCGAUGGAUGAUAAUCUGUCAGUUAUAGUUACCAGUUGUUCGAUUACUCUAGCACUACAUAUUCCUGCCUUGCUGUGCAAUAAUCUCGUCGGUGUUAUAUACUUUAAAGAGGACGAUCAAACUGUAAUAUUAUCGUACUUAAAUUACUGGGGUACAAGGGUAGAUUUAAAGACCGAUGUUGCAAACAUUACACCAUUAUCGGAGACACCUCUAAAUAUUAAUCAUAGAUUUUAUAGAAUAUUAAAUAUUAAAUCACAAAAAGAAAAAUUGAAACUGUACAUCCUGCAUGGAGACAUUCACGAAAGGGUAGAUUUCGAAACUGCUUUUGGUAUUUCAAGGGACGAUUUAUAUUAAUUAUUUAUAGCUGCUAUUUAUUUAGGGAAUUACGUACUCGGACAAGUACAGAGAUUGAAAAUAAUUUUGUAUUAAAUACGAGAUUUUUUAAUAAACAAUCUUUAUCUUUUACUUGGUCCACCUAAAGUGAGCGUAAGCACGAUUCGCUUCGCACUGUCUAUGCAAUUCUUGUUUACGUUUUACUGUCCGACCCUGAAAUAGAAAUAACUUAGAAUUAUUGUAAUUAAAUAAAGAGUACGAUGUCCUACGA